CAUCUGGCCUAUUAUGUACCAAAAAUUUACUGCAGGGGUCCUAACCCUGCCCCACAAAGAGAAGAUAUGCUGGCACAACAUGUUUUGCUGGGACCAAUGGAAUGGUAUCUUUGUGGUGAAGAUCCUGCUUUUGGUUUUCCAAAGCUUGAGCAAGCAAAUAAACCUUCCCAUCUUUGUGGCCGUGUUUUUAAAGUGGGAGAGCCUACGUAUUCUUGCAGAGACUGUGCAGUUGACCCAACUUGUGUGUUGUGCAUGGAGUGCUUUCUUGGAAGUAUUCAUAGAGACCACCGAUACAGGAUGACAACAUCAGGUGGAGGAGGUUUCUGUGACUGUGGUGAUACAGAAGCUUGGAAGGAAGGUCCUUACUGUCAAAAGCAUGAACUUAACACUUCAGAGACUGCAGAAGAAGAGGAUCCUCUUGUGCAGUUACCAGAAGAUAUGGUAGCAAGAGCUUAUAAUAUUUUUGCCAUCACAUUUAAAUAUGCAGUAGAUAUAUUAACAUGGGAAAAGGAAAAUGAAUUACCUGGCCUAGAAAUGUUUGAGAAGAGUGACACUUACUAUUGCAUGCUGUUUAAUGAUGAAGUCCAUACCUAUGAACAAGUUAUUUAUACUCUUCAGAAGGCAGUCAACUGCACACAGAAGGAAGCUAUUGGCUUUGCAACAACAGUAGAUAGAGAUGGACGCAGGUCAGUUCGGUAUGGAGACUUUCAGUAUUGUGAUCAAGCAAAAUCUGUAAUAGUGAGAAAUACCAGUCGUCAGACAAAGCCGUUGAAAGUACAAGUUAUGCAUUCAUCUAUUGUUGCCCAUCAGAGCUUUGGUCUGAAGCUCCUAACUUGGCUUGGCAGUGUUAUUGGAUAUUCAGAUGGCCUUCGUCGAAUAUUGUGUCAAGUUGGUUUACAGGAGGGGCCAGAUGGUGAAAAUUCUUCUCUUGUGGAUAAGCUGAUGCUGUAUGAUUCUAAACUGUGGAAAGGAGCUAGAAAUGUAUAUCACCAGUUAUUCAUGAGCAGUCUACUUAUGGAUUUGCAAUACAAGAAACUUUUUGCUAUCCGUUUUGCUAGAAAUUACCGGCAGUUGCAGAGAGAUUAUAUGGAGGAUGAUCACGAACGGGCAGUAUCGGUGGCUGCUCUGUCUGUCCAACUCUUCACUGUACCUACUCUGAACUAUGAGCGAUUGCAGAGUGAUUUUAUGAAAGAUGACCACGACAGAGAGUUCUCAAUUGCUGACCUCUCGAUACAGAUAUUCACAGUGCCUUCUCUUGCUCGAAUGCUAAUAACGGAAGAAAAUCUCAUGACCACUAUCAUCAAAACUUUUAUGGACCACUUAAGGCACCGUGACAUCCAAGGCAGGUUUCAGUUUGAACGUUACACUGCUUUGCAGGCUUUCAAAUUCAGGCGUGUUCAGACCCUUAUUUUGGAUCUCAAGUAUGUGUUGAUAAGUAAGCCAACUGAGUGGUCAGAUGACUUGAGGCAGAAGUUCCUAGAGGGUUUUGAUGCCUUCUUAGAAUUACUCAAAUGUAUGCAGGGUAUGGAUCCAAUAACUCGUCAAGUAGGACAGCACAUAGAAAUGGAACCAGAAUGGGAAGCAGCAUUUACGUUGCAGAUGAAGUUAACACUUGUUAUUUCAAUGAUGCAGGACUGGUGUGCUUUAGAUGAAAAAGUGUUAAUUGAAGCUUACAAGAAAUGCCUGACUGUGCUGAUGCAGUGUCAUAGUGGUUUUACUGAUGGAGAACAGCCAAUUGUUCUCAGUAUGUGUGGACAUUCAGUUGAGACCAUCAGAUACUGUGUUUCUCAGGAGAAAGUUAGCAUUCAUCUCCCAGUUUCUCGUUUACUUGCAGGCUUGCAUGUUUUGCUGAGUAAAACUGAAGUGGCAUAUAAGUUUCCAGAGCUGCUACCACUGAGUGAACUUAGUCCACCUAUGUUGAUAGAACAUCCGCUACGAUGCCUGGUUCUCUGUGCCCAAGUACAUGCAGGGAUGUGGAGAAGAAAUGGGUUCUCUCUUGUUAACCAGAUUUAUUAUUAUCAUAAUGUGAAGUGCAGGAGGGAGAUGUUUGACAAGGACAUAGUAAUGCUUCAGACAGGUGUGUCUAUGAUGGAUCCAAAUCACUUCUUGAUGAUAAUGCUGAGUCGCUUUGAACUUUAUCAGAUAUUUAGUACUCCAGACUAUGGCAAAAGAUUUAGCACAGAAAAUACAAACAAGGAUGUGGUGCAACAAAAUAACACUCUUAUAGAGGAGAUGCUAUACCUCAUUAUAAUGAUUGUUGGUGAAAGAUUCAGUCCUGGAAUAGGGCAGGUAAAUGCAACAGAUGAAAUCAAACGAGAGAUCAUCCAUCAGCUGAGCAUCAGGCCAAUGGCUCACAGUGAAUUGGUAAAGGCAUUGCCUGAAGAUGAGAACAGAGAGACUGGAAUGGAAAGUGUGAUCGAAGAAGUGGCCUGUUUCAAGAAGCCUGGAUUAACAGGCAGAGGGCUCUAUGAACUAAAACCAGAAUGUGCCAAGAGCUUCAAUCUGUAUUUCUAUCACUUUUCAAGGGCAGAGCAGUCAAAGGCAGAGGAAGCACAAAGAAAGCUGAAAAGACAGAACAGAGAAGAUACAGCACUUCCACCACCAGCUCUUCCUCCUUUCUGCCCACUUUUUGCAAGUUUGGUUAAUAUUCUGCAGUCUGAUGUCAUGCUGUGCAUUAUGGGAACUAUACUACAGUGGGCAGUAGAACACAAUGGCUAUGCCUGGUCAGAGGCCAUGCUGCAAAGGGUUUUACAUCUACUUGGAAUGGCACUACAAGAAGAAAAACAACAUCUAGAGAAUCUCAGUGAGGAGAAUGUUGUAACAUUUUCCUUCACUCAGAAAAUAUCAAGACCAGGAGAGGCACCAAAUAAUUCCCCUAGUAUACUAGCUAUGCUAGAAACACUGCAAAAUGCACCUCAUCUGGAAGUGCACAAGGACAUGAUCAGAUGGAUAUUGAAGACUUUUAAUACUAUUAAGAAACUAAGAGAAAACUCUUCUACAAGUCCUGUUGCUGAGACAGAAGGAAAUAUUAUGGAGGAGAGCUCACGUGAUAAAGACAAAGCUGAGAGGAAGCGAAAAGCUGAGAUUGCCAGAUUGCGCAGGGAAAAGAUCAUGGCCCAGAUGUCUGAGAUGCAACGGCACUUCAUUAAUGAAAACAAAGAACUCUUUCAGCAGACUUUGGAAGAGCUAGAUACUUCCAGCUCUGGAGUACAUGAAAACAGUCCUGUAAUUUCAGAUGCAAAGCUCACAGCCUUGGGACCAGAGCAAACUAGAGUAGCUGAACACAGACAGGUUGUUAUGUGUAUAUUGUGUCAGGAGGAGCAAGAGGUUAAAGUGGACAGCAGGGCUAUGGUCUUGGCAGCAUUUAUUCAGCGAUCAACUGUGUUGUCUAAAAAUAGAAACAAAACUAUUCCAGACCCUGAAAAGUAUGACCCAUUAUUCAUGCACCCAGAUCUGUCAUGCGGAACACACACAGGCAGCUGUGGACAUAUUAUGCACGCUCACUGUUGGCAAAGAUACUUUGAUGCUGUCCAAGCAAAAGAGCAACGAAGACAACAAAGAUUGCGAGUACACACAAGUUAUGAUGUAGAAAAUGGUGAAUUCCUUUGCCCGCUUUGUGAAUGUUUAAGCAACACUGUUAUUCCUUUGCUUCCUCCACCAAGAGUUUUGUUUAACAGGUUAGACAUUUCAGGCCAACCAAAUCUAGCUCAGUGGAUCAAAACAAUAUCCCAGCAAAUAAAAGCACUGUAUUUACUUCGAGAUGAAGGCUGUGCAAGCAAUUCUGGUAAUUCAGAAAAGAUGGAUCAGCUGCAAUUACCAGAAGGAUUUAGACCAGAUUUCAAACCGAAGAAUCCUUAUUCCGAGAGUAUAAAGGAGAUGUUGACAACUUUUGGUACAGCAACAUACAAAGUAGGCUUGAAGGUUCAUCCAAAUGAAGAAGAUCCACGUGUACCUAUAAUGUGCUGGGGAAGCUGUGCUUACACGAUACAAACUAUAGAAAGAAUUUUAGCUGAUGAAGAGAAACCAUUAUUUGGUCAUUUACCUUGUCGACAGGAUGACUGCCUUACAUCAUUAACAAGAUUUGCGGCAGCCCACUGGACAGUUUCAUCUCUUUCGGCUAUACAGGGUCACUUUUGUACUCUCUUAGCAUCACUGGUGCCUAAUGAAAAAAAUGGAAAUCUUCCUUGCAUACUUGAUAUUGACAUGUUCCAUUUAUUGGUAAGCUUGGUGCUCUCUUCCCCUGCCAUACAUUGUCAGGAUUUUUCAGGGGUUAGUCUUGGCACUGGAGAUCUUCACCUGUUUCAUCUUGUUACUAUGGCACACAUAAUACAAAUUUUACUUACCUCAUCAACAG